UUAGAAAUCUUCCUGCGUUUUUAAUAUGGGAGCCAAUGAGGCUGUUGGUGCGUGUUGGUGGAGCAUCUAUGCGUCUUACGCCCAAACUAUAACUCUGACAGCUUUACCAGAGGAUUUUCUGAGCUCACUGCUGAUCUGCACCACAAACCAAGGUCAGUAAACUUCUUCUGUCUCGUCUGAAACUCACUGAUUCUGUCUGAGAAGCUUUUCCAUUCGAUAUCCAUCAUCUCACACUGAAUCUUUCUGUCUCCUCCCUGCAGCCUCUCUGACUGUGAGUCCCAGCAGCUCUCAGAUGUUUGAAGGACAGUCUGUCUCUCUGAGCUGUGAGGAGGACGACAGCUCUGCUGGAUGGACUCUGAGGAGGAACACAACCAGAGACACCAGGACUCAGUGUGGAGCUGAGUGGGGACGACCAGCUGGUUCAUCAUGUGACAUUGACUACAUCCUUCCAUGGGAGAGUGGAGUUUACUGGUGUGAGUCCGGAGUGGGAGCAACCAGUAACACCAUCAACAUCACUGUCACUGAUGGUCCAGUGAUCCUGCAGAGUCCUGUCCUCCCUGUGAUGGAGGGACAUGAUGUCACUCUGCGCUGUAAAACAAUAUCCGGUGUCCUCCCAGCUGAUUUCUAUAAAGAUGGCUCCUUCCUCAGGACUGAGCGUAAAGGUUACAUGACCAUCCGCCAUGUUUCCAGGUCUGAUGAAGGUCUCUACAAGUGUCACAUCAGCAGUUUUGGAGAGUCUGAACCCAGCUGGGUCACUGUCACAGCCCCGCCUCCUGCCUCCAGCCCCCUCAACCUUGUCCUCCGACUGGUCUGCCACCUGGUGGUGUUCUAUCCGUACUGCAUCUCCACUGUCAUUAUGUUGUCUUUAUAUCGACACAUAGCCACAGGAAAUGACCGGCCCGUCUCCGUGGCGAUGACUCCGCCCACCCAGGCUGACGAGGGAUUGGAUGAUGAGUAUGAUGAUGUCAUCACUGUUGUCACCACAGAGCAUCACUUCUAAACUGUUGUGAAAAGAAAUAAAAC